AUGAGUUGUAGCCAGCCGCAUUUACUACCUUCAAAACAAUAUAUCUCCGCCGAAGACUGUGAUCUCCUCGACCUUCUUUGUUCUCGUUUCAAUGUCGCAAAGACGACGUUAGAGCCGGCAUCCGAGAUUCCGGCAACCUUAGACAUGCGCGUCAAACAGGAUGCUCACAUUCCUUCUCAUGUCCUCGCCGUCUUUGACAUCCCAGAGACCGAAUGGGGCUCAUCUUAUCAGCCUCUCUUGGUACCCAUUCGUGUCGACCUCUUCACCCGUGGUUUUCGCUCCAAAAUAAUUCCACUCAGCCCACCUGGUUCUACUUUUCCGGUACCCUAUUGCGCUGAAAAUGCCGAGGGGCAAUUUGUGACACUCCCCGUAGUCCCACUGCUUGUCCCACACGCUCCUUCCAUCCCUCUACUCUUCCUCUUCGGACUUGGGCUCGAAACACGAUCACACCUGCUAUGUUGCCGCCUCCUCCCCGCUGAGGUGAUAGGAGAAUUCCCUGCUCCUCCCACCAUGGCUAACAUCAUGGCAACGCUGUGCAACGACGAACAACUCCGAGAGCGUAGCAAAUUCAAUCAAGGACUAUGGAAGAACAUACUGUCUUUAGGACCACGAAACUCGCAUUUCAUCGAGCUUGCCCAGACAGCGUGGAAUGUCACAGUGGAAGCACGGCGAAUCCGACAGCGGAACACGGCGUCUCACAUCAUAUCGGUCCCGAAUUGA